UCCCCCGCCUUUAUUAUACAAAAUUACAAAAACUGCCACUACCACACAAUACCAAAACAAUCACAACCUCACCCUCACUCUCUCAUGGCCACGGCCACGGCCACGGCCACGCUCCUCCAAUCCCAUCACUGCGUCUCUCCCAAGUUCCCUUAUCUCCGAAACCCUAACCUUACUCCUCGAUUCUCGUCUCUUUUUCCCAGGAAAGUUAGGGUUCUCACGUUCCGGGAAAAGUUCAGAGGCCGAGACCGAGUGUACUACUCCGUUUGUUGCUUCCGUAAAAACAAUUCCGAAAUCGAAGCAAUUUCGGUUGACGAGAACGAGAAUGAGCGGCCUCCGUUUGAUCUUAAUCUCGCCGUCGUUCUUGCUGGUUUCGCAUUCGAAGCCUACACUAGCCCCCCUGAAAAUGUUGGAAGGUGUGAAGUUGAUGCUGCAGGUUGUAAGGCAGUGUAUCUUUCAGAAUCAUUUGUACGUGAGAUAUAUGAUGGCCAAUUGUUCAUAAAGUUAAAAAAGGGUUUGGAUUUACCUGCCAUGGAUCCUUGGGGAACAAGUGAUCCGUAUGUGGUCAUGCAGUUGGAUGGACAUGUUGUCAAAAGCAAGGUUAAAUGGGGGACAAAAGAGCCGACAUGGAAUGAGGAAUUUACCUUUAAUAUCAAGCAGCCUCCAACCAAGCUUCUCCAGGUAGCAGCUUGGGAUGCAAACCUUGUAACCCCACAUAAGCGCAUGGGUAACGCAGGCAUUAGUCUGGAUUGUCUCUGUGAUGGAAAUUUGCAUGAAGUAACGGUGGAGUUGGAAGGAAUUGGUGGUGGUGGAAAAGUAAAGCUAGAGGUUAAGUACAAAAGUUUUGAUGAAAUUGAAGAAGACAAAAAAUGGUGGAGGGUCCCCUUUGUUAUAGAAUUUCUUCGGAAAAAUGGUUUUGAGUCUGCUCUGAAAAUGGUUGUGGGCACAGAGUCUGUGCAAGCGCGUCAGUUUGUAAAGUAUGCUUUUGGGCAGCUAAAGGCAUUCAAUGAUGCAAAUCUUUGGAAGGGUCAGUUUCCAAAUGAUGACAAGUAUGAUACGGACAUGCCGUCACCAAUGGAUGAAGACCUGGAAGCCUCUUCUAGUGACACAGGCUACGUCAGAGAGAGAAAAAUAGAGGAUUUUCAUGUCGAUAAUGGUGGUAUGGAGAAUGGGCUUCCCUUUGAACCAUUGGAACCAGUUGGUAACUCUGAGCAAUCAGAUAAAAUUUUUUGGAAGAAUUUGACUGAUGUCAUCAGUCAAAAUGUUGUUCAGAAACUUGGGCUCUCUGUUCCUGAGAAAUUAAAGUGGGAUGGAUUUGACUUAUUAAAUAGAAUUGGCUCACAGUCACGAAAAAUUGCAGAGGCAGGUUAUGUUGAAUCAGGGCUUGCAACUCCAGAAAGUUUGGAUGAUGAAAUUGAUAAAAUAAGUGGCUCGGGCAUUAGCUCAAAUAAGUCUUCAAUACCAGAUAUUAAAAAAAUAACACAGGAUAUAAUGGGGCAAACUGAUUCUGUUUUAGGAGCAUUAAUGCUUCUGAAUGCAACAUUUUCUCAACAAAAGGAUGGAAAUUCUGUAGGAAAGGAUGAAACAAAAGAACAGGCUUCUACCAAACUGGAAGAUGAUAAUGUUGUAGGAUAUUCCCCAAGUGAGAAACUUGUCAGCUCAGAGAAUGGCUUAGCAUUGGAUAAAAAGAGAGCUGAGGAGAUGAAAGCACUGUUCUCAACUGCAGAAAGUGCCAUUGAAGCCUGGGCGAUGCUUGCCUCUUCACUGGGUCAUUCUACUUUUAUUAAAUCUGAAUUUGAGAAAAUAUGUUUCUUAGAUAAUGCAUCCACUGACACACAGGUUGCAAUUUGGCGCGAUAUAGCAAGGAGAAGAUUAGUUGUUGCUUUUAGAGGAACAGAACAAACACAAUGGAAGGACUUGAUAACUGAUCUAAUGCUAGUUCCUGCUGGGCUAAAUCCUGAAAGGAUAGGUGGAGAUUUCAAGCAAGAAGUUCAAGUCCACAGUGGUUUUCUAAGUGCAUAUGAUUCCGUCAGGGCAAGGAUUAUGUCUCUCAUCAAACUUGCAAUUGGUUAUAUAGAUGAUCUUGCUGAGCCACCAUUCAAAUGGCAUGUGUAUGUGACUGGUCAUAGUUUAGGUGGUGCAUUGGCUACCCUUCUCGCUCUUGAGCUUUCCUCUAGUCAGUUAGCUAUUUGUGGAUGUUUGGGGUUCACUGGGUGUUACUUGAGCGAGUUGUGGUUGUAUCAUUUGGGUGGAAGGCAUGGGACAAUCUCUGUGACUAUGUAUAACUUUGGAUCUCCUAGAGUUGGUAACAAAAAAUUUGCAGAAUAUUAUAAUGAGAAAGUUAAAGAUAGCUGGCGAGUUGUAAACCACAGAGAUAUUAUACCAACCGUCCCUCGCCUGAUGGGUUAUUGCCAUGUAGCUCAACCUGUUUAUCUGGCAGCUGGAGAUCUAAGAGAUGCCUUGGAAAAUAUGGAGCUUUCAGGAGAUGGUUACCAAGGUGAUGUGCUUGGGGAGUCCACACCAGAUGUUCUUGUCAUUGAAUUUAUGAAGGGUGAGAAAGAACUUAUUGAAAAGAUUUUACAGACUGAAAUAAAUAUAUUCCGUUCGAUUAGAGAUGGGAGUGCACUUAUGCAGCAUAUGGAGGAUUUUUAUUACAUCUCAUUGCUAGAGCAUGUAAGAUCGAAUUACCAACCAGUUGCGAGUUUGCGAUCCGAUCAACAAGAUAGUUUAUCAAUUAGCUAAGAAUGUUGUGAUAACUCGAGGCUGGCAGCAAGGUUGUACAUGUACCUUCCAUCAGUUUGAAUGUAUAAUUUAGAUGUUAUCAGGCAAUUUGUGCAGAAAAUCAAUCCAAUAAGAGUUCUAUUGAAUCAGUUUUAGAACUAUAGUCAUUAAAUAAUGGGGAGUGUCUAUUACACACACAUUUGCAGUACACACACUGCCCAAAAACUGAUCGUGACUCGUGACUUAACUUGUUUUUGGAACGUGUGUGCACUGUGUGUAUUAAAUUAUGUACACUAGACAUUUCCCCUAAAUAAUACCAAUACAUCGGGUUGGUCUUACUUUAAA